AAAUUUCUGCAAAAAACAGCUUAUGCUAAAACUAAAAAAAAAAAAACAAUAACAAAAAAUAAAAAUAAAAUUCUUAAGCAGAAACAACACUAAAACCCAGCCAGUGCAUAGUAUAGCAAACGCUUUUGUGUGCGGUUAGAGUGCAAGCGGCCGCAACAAAAAGUCAGUGUUAAUGUGUGUGUUUUUCGAGCGAUGCAACUGAUUGUUGACAAAAUUCCCAUGUUUUCGAAACAAACAACGAAACGUAAUUCCAAAAAAAAAAAUGAUGAAAUGAACGCCGGUACCGGCUCCUCGAGGGCGCCAGCCUCCGGGAGCCAAAUAUCACCACAACUACCCGACGUACAAACGCAGCAACAGCAACUACAACAGCAACAACAACAAAUACAACAGCAACAACAACUGCAACACCAGCAGCAAUUACAGCAGCAGCAGCAAUUACAACAGCAGCAGCAACAGCAACAACAACAAAUUCAACAACAACAACAAUCAGCUCAACAAAAUAAUACAUACGGCAACUAUCCCAGCGUAUAUAAUACAACACCCACACAGAAUGGCAUUACAACACCAAUUGGUACAUAUUCGAUGGGUGAGCCAGAUACAUUGCGCACACUAAAGAAUACAUUUGGUCCGAAUUCGGAGUUUACAACAACCAGCGGCUACGGCAACUAUAGUAAUAUGGUCACGGCUAAUGGUGGCGGUCUGCAACAGCAACAACAGAUGGAUAAUAUGAGUGGCAUGGGCAGUGGAUAUGGGCAGUUGAGUGCCAAUCAAAUGCAUGGUAGCAAUGUGCAAAAUCUUUACAUGAAUGGCAACAUUGGCCCUACUGGUAGUGGCAGUCCAAGUGCGACAAAUAUGAAUAGCACGGGUGGUGGCAUUGGUGGUGGCGCUUCGCAAGUGGCCAGUAAUCCAAAUGUUAUUGGCAUGAAUGCCGGUUCCAACAUGCAAAUGGGUCAUAUGAAUGCGUAUAAUGGCGGCGGCGGUGGUGGCGUCGGCGUUGGCAGCGGUGUUGGCCCCAACGGCAAUCCGAGUAUUGCGCCAUCUAGACAUCAAAUGAAUCCCAUGAACCAGAUGCAGAGCAUGACUAUGGGCGGUGGUCCACAAUUGACACCACAGCAACAGCAGCAACAACAAGCCAUGAACGGGCUGGGGCCCAUGGCUAAGAUGCAGGGCAUGGCGAAUGGCGGUUAUGCACGUCGUAAUACGCCUUAUCCCGCGCCACAGAUGCAUGCGGCACAAAAGCGCGCCAGCUACCCCUCUAUGGGCAAUCCGUCACUACAGAAUGUUCCUCCGCAAAUGAGUAUGCAACAUUAUGGCCAACAGAUGCACCCGCAAGCUGGCAGCGGUGUACCGGUGCCUAUGCAAGCGGGCGCCUACGGACGUGGCGGCCCCAUGGGCGGCUAUGCCAGAGCUAAUGCUAUGGCACCGGUCGGUAUGGGUCCCGGCGGUGGCAUGGGUCCCAGUGGAAUGGGUCCUGGCGGUAUGGGUCCCGGCGGUAUGGGUCCUGUUGGCAUGGGCCCCAGUGGCAUGGGUCCCGGCGGCAUGUGUCCAAGCAAUAUGGGUCCUGGCGGCAUGGGUCCUGGCGGUAUGGGCCCCGGUGGAAUGGGUCCGGGUGGCGUGAGUGCAAUGCAGCGUGGUAUGCCACAAGGUCCAGGCGGUUACAGCGCCGCUAUGGCGCAUCAACAGAAUCAAUAUUAUGCGAGCGUGAAUGGUGGUGGCGGCGGUGGCAUGGGUCCGGCUGGUCCGAGCUCUCUAACGAAUACCGGUGCGAUGUACCAGAAUCAAGGUUUCCAGCAAAAUUACCAACACAGCCCAGUUCCUGGUAAUCCGACGCCGCCAUUAACACCUGCCUGCAGCGUUCCAUACAUCAGUCCGAAUCCAGACAUCAAACCCAUUAUGGACAACUGCGAGGAGAUGCGACUGACUUUCCCCGUACGUGAUGGCAUCAUACUUCCACCUUUCCGCUUGCUGCACAAUCUCUCCGUCAGCAAUCACGUAUUCCACUUAAAGCAGAAUGUCUACAAUACGCUCAUGUGUCGCUCCGACCUCGAGCUGCAGUUGAAAUGCUUCCACCAAGAUGACCGGCAGAUGAACACAAAUUGGCCGCAUACAGUAACGGUUUCGGCUAAUGCUACACCCCUCAAUAUUGAGCGCUCCGAGAAGACGGGCCAAGCACUGCGGCCGCUAUAUCUGAAGGCAGUGUGUCAACCCGGACGCAAUACUCUCCAACUAACCGCUAGUUCCUGCUGUUGUUCCCACUUAUUUGUGCUACAGCUAGUCCAUCGACCUUCCGUGCGGCAUGUUCUUCAAAGCCUGCACAAGCGUAAUUGUUUGCCGGUAGACCAUUGUGUAGCCAAAAUCAAACGCAACUUCAUGGUCUGUUCGACGACCAGCGUUCCACUAGAAUCCGGUGCCGGCAAUAUGGAAGCGACAAAAUGCACCAAGAUCUCAUUAAAAUGUCCGAUCAUGAAGUCUCGAAUACGAAUGCCUGCGCGAGGACACGAGUGCAAGCACAUCCAGUGUUUCGAUCUGGAGGCCUAUCUGCUUAUGAAUUGCGAACGUGGCGCCUGGCGGUGUCCCGAGUGCAAUAAACCCGCGCUGACAGAAAGUCUUGAAAUCGAUCAGUAUGUCUGGGCCAUUUUGGAUAAACUGAAUGGCACUGAUGUGGACGAGGUUAUCAUCGAUUCGAGUGGUAAUUGGCGAGCGGCGCAAGGUAUACACCAAGGUUCACCGAUCAGCGCGAUGUCUGCACAAAUGCCCAGCCCAAUGUCGGGACAAAUGUUGCCAGGAGGACAAAUGCCAGGUCAAAUGGGUGGUCCAACCCCGAGUCAAAUAGGCGCACAAAUGCCCGGACAAAUGGGCGGUCAAAUGCCUGGUCAAAUGAGCGGACAAAUGCCUGGGCAAAUGGGUGCUCAAAUGCAAGGACAAAUGGGACCGAUGGGUAGCCAAAUGCCAGGACAAAUGGGCGGUCAAAUGGGCAGCCAAAUGCCGGGUCAAAUGGGCGGGCAAAUGGUUGGACCCAAUGUGCCGAGUAUUAAACAGGAGAAUACCUUUGACGAUCAAUCAAAAGUGAUGUCACCAUGGGACAACUCGCAGGCGAUGAGUCCCUACAUGCAACAUGACAUGAAUGCGGGCACGCCUAAUGUACCCGGUGCGGGUCAAAUACGCAGUCCCUUCGACAUGUAUAGCGGCGGCGAUGUCGGUGUUAAUGAUCAGCAUACAGGUGAUACUGGUAAUUCUCUUGACCAGCUUAAUGCAAUGGAGAAGAGUCUCAACGAUCAGAUGCCUCAUACGCCGCACACACCAAUGCAUCCGAUGACUCCCGGUGGCCCACCUAGCGUAAGUUCUGCGCACAAUGAGCCCUCAACACCUAAUGCGAAUAUUUCGAAUUCCUCACCGCAAACACCUGGCACACCCGGGCAACCUGGUGGACCGGCCUCAAAUCGAGGUGGUGCUGCAAAUGAUUCACACCAGCAGCAACAACAACAACAACAACAUACACAACAGUCAGUCCAGCAAUCGCAACAAGAGCAAAUCAUUAAUUCGCUAAUCAACUCACAGCCGAAUGGCUUGUCGAAUCUCAAUGAAACGGAUUUGAAUGCGGAAUUGAAUAUGGACAACAAUGAUGGCGCUGGGGAUUUGAAUCUUCUACCAGAUGUUGAUCCCAUGGAAAUUCUUUCCUACUUGGACCCACAACCAGAUCUGAAUACACCGCCAUCGAGUGGCUCCAGCAACAACAACAAUAAUGACGAUAUACUUUCAACACUAUUCGAUUGAGACAAUUUACUGCAAGAGUUGUUGUAAUUCUAAUGGAAAACACAACUAGAAAAACAAAAAAAAAAACAAAGCAAACAUCUAAACAAAGUCGAUAAAGCAAAUGCGAGUGUUACGAACAAGCAAAGCAGCCAUUGAGAUGGCACACAUCCAUCAACAGGGUAUCGAAAAUGUGAAAGAAAAUGGAGAAAACGGAAAACGGUUGGUUAAAAAAAUAUUGUGAAAAAAGAAACCAAAAUAAAAACGUAGUGAAAAAAGGCAACUUUUGAUGUUUCUGCGAGCAAACCAAACAAAACAAAACAAAAUUUCACAAAACAAAUAAAACGAACAAAAUAAAAAUUGCAUACAGAUAUGCUAAAACUUUUGCUGAAAUAGAAGAAUUUCUAUAAUGUUUUUCGUGAAAAUCAAAGUUUAUAUAAACUAAGUAGAAAUCCAAUGAACAAAAAAUGCGGCUAUUUUAUGUUUUUAUAAUGAAAAUUCUUCAUGCAAAACAAUCAGCAAACUCAUCGUCAGCAGUAAAGCGUUUCAAAACAACAACUACAUCGAUAAAUUUCAGUGUAAACUAUGCACAAAUAGUCGAUGUCUCUACAUAAGUAGGCGCUAAUUUUCGAUCUGUAUAUACAUACAUACAUAUGUACAUGCAUACAUACAUACUUAGUAUUAUUAAUGUUUGCCAAUAAUGUUUGUGCAUGUUUUUCAAUCAUCAUCGUCAUCAUCAUCAUCAUUGCCUAACUCUACAGGCGCUUUGGCUUUGAAACUAUGCAGAGAGUAUGCACAAUUUUGCGAGAAUUUUCAAUACAAUUUACACAAAUACAAGUAGCAAAAAAUAUCUCCGUGUGCAGCUUGUAAAAUUGUGAAAGCUUUAGAGAGGGAAAGCUUUCAUGUAAGUGAAAUAUGUAGAAGCUUAUGAAAUUUCGUAAGCUUUCGCAAGCUUACAACGAAAUCACAAACAAGUCGUGCUUUGAUGUCUAAAAACAAAGAGAUGUAGUUAAA